ACGGUGUGACUGCCAACACUUUGAACAUGUCACUAAAAGGAAGAAAUGGGCAGUUUUUAGAAAAGCAAACCUUAUUUGAUGGUGGAAGACAGACCUCCAGGGCCCAUCAUGAAGCCACCAGUGUUUCGUGUGGACGACACCAUGCCAGAAGUGGUGCAGAGUGUCCUGCUGGAGCGUGGCUGGGACAAAUUUGAUAAAGGAGAGCAGAACGUUGAAGACUGGAACCUGUACUGGGGGACGUCGUCUUUCCGGAUGACCGAGCACAUCAACGUUAAGCUGUGGCAACAGCUGAACCACCACCCAGGCACCAUCCAGCUCACCAGGCAGGACCACCUGGCCAGACACCUGAAGCAUGUGAAGAGGAUGUACGGCACGCCGCUGUACGAGUUCAUCCCACUGACAUUCAUCAUGCCCAACGACUACAAUAAGUUCGUGGCCGAGUACUUUAGGGAGAAGCACGUGCUGGGUGCCAAGCACAGCUACUGGAUUUGCAAGCCUGCCGAACUUUCUCGUGGGAGGGGGAUCAUCAUUUUCAGUGACAUUAAAGACUUACUCUUUGACGAUACAUAUAUAGUACAGAAAUAUAUCUGCAACCCCCUCCUUGUGGGCAGAUAUAAAUGUGACCUCCACAUCUACGUUUGUGUCACCGGCUUUAAGCCUUUGACCGUUUAUAUCUAUUAGGAAGGGUUAGUGCGGUUUGCCACGGAAAAGUUUGACCUCAGUAAUUUGCAGAACAACUAUGCCCAUUUGACCAACAGCAGCAUCAAUAAAUCCGGGGUCUCGUAUGAGAAAAUCAAAGAAGUGAUCGGUCACGGUUGCAAGUGGACCCUCAGCAGGUUCUUCUCUUACCUUCGCAGCUGGGAUGUGGAUGACCUGCUUUUGUGGCAGAAAAUCACCCAGGUGGUUAUUCUCAUGGUGCUCGCCAUCGCGCCCUUGGUCCCCUUCACAGCCAACUGCUCUGAGCUCUUUGGGUUUGAUAUUUUGAUUGAUGACAACUUGAAACCAUGGCUUCUCGAGGUCAACUUCAGCCCUGCCCUGUCCAUAGAUUGCUCAGCGGACGUAUCAGUAAAGAGGAAACUUAUCCAUGACACCAUUGAACUGAUUUACUUGCAGGGUCUGAGAAACGAGAGGACGGGAUGUCGUGAUGGUGCAAAGGGGAGCCGCAGCGUCUCCCUCAUGAAGCUGGAUGCGGGCAGAUUCAACAAGGUUUGCAGUGCUCUUCCCUGUGAGUCCCUCUUACAGUUCACUAGUAGAACAUUUAAGGACAAAUCUGCUGUAAAGAAAGCUGUAAAAAUAUGCCCUGAAAAUAAGCAUGCCUCCCAGCCUAGGGAAAUGACUAGCAGGAAGAAAGACCUACUUCUGUCAACAAGAGAACCCCCCAAAACCAAGCCAAAGCUAAAGGGCAGAUGCUCGCCCCACAAGAAGAUCAUUCCAUUCAUGUCACUCAUUCAGUCACGCGCGGACAAGACCAGCAUCUCCCUGUGUGUCCCCUUGGACGAUAGCAAAGUGCCGGGUCUCCAGGCAGGGAACUUUGUUCUCAUUUGUCCCUUCAAUGAAGCUACUUUUGGAGCUUCUAGGAAUGGACUGAAUGUCAGAAGGAAUCAAGAGCUCCAGAAACUAAAGACUAAGCAACAUUCCCACAUGUUGGAAAUGGAAACAAAAAGAAGGUGA